AUGUUAUACUACGCUGAUCAACAUCUCUCAAAUGGCCCCCUAAAAAUACUGCAGACAACUUUAGUGGAUGCACCUAUCAACAUGCGGUCAUGCAAGUCAGAUUUCUUUCGUUCAAUUCGACGACGGACUUUUCAUAUUAACACUGUCCUCUUGGCAUUAGUAGAGGUGAAUUUGCUGCACUUGAUCCAGUCUGAUUGUGUUAUACCAUCUGACAAGAUUUUGGCCACAUACGAACUCCGAGAGGAAACCCAUGUCCCAAUUCAAGUUGCCGACAUCACACAAGACAUACGCGGUGAUCUGGAGCCCGUGCUUACGACAACCAAAAUGGUCGAUGGCCGAUUUAUUCUAUUUCCAUCGGCGCAGCCAUUUUCGGGUUACUUUGAACUAAGAGACAUGCAGGUCACAAGGGAAAGGAAAAUCUCCCACCGACCUGUCAAUGACCAUCAAUUAUUGGUACUCACAAAGAAGUUGGACUUGGAAAUGAUCUGUAAUACCAAAAGUGUGCUGUACCAAUCAGGAAAGAUACCACUCUUAUCAGACAAUACGUGUGAAUGCCGACCAGGUCUGGCGUGGUGUUCUAUAUUCCUGCACUUUGCAGUGAUUGAACCCCAUAGUGCUGUGAGCAAUCAGAUUUCAGGUAGCCAGUCAAUUGCGGAUGGCCUAUAUUUUUCUAUAGAAUUAAGAAUUAUGGAUGUGAAUGAUAAUUUCCCAAAAUUCUGCCCAUCGAACUACAGCCUGACAAUUCUUGAAUCGGAAAAUCCCGGCACAAGCUUUCGGCUACCUUCCGCAACUGAUGAAGACCUUGGCGAGACAAUGAAUUUGGUAUAUAAAAUGAUUUUUCUCAAUGCGUCAAGUUCUACAGGGGCCAAAGCGACAGCGCAGUUAUGCACACCGUCACAACGGGACUGUAAAAAGGGACCACAGUAUACAUUCUCCCUCCAUCAUGUGGCUGGCACAACCGAUUUGUUCCUUUUGUUAAACUACGAGCUGGAUGCUGAGUCAUUUGACACAUUUUUCAUUCACAUCACGGCCACUGAUCAGGCCUCACCGAAGUCACACGAUGGAUUGUUGCUGUUGCAAGUUAAAGUCAUGGAUGUAAAUGACAACAGCCCACAGUUUAAGAACUCUCGGUAUACGUUUUCAGUGUCCGAAGGUGCCACACCUGGAUCAACGGUUGGAUCUGUUUAUGCUAACGAUGCGGAUCAGGGAGACAAUGGCAAAGUGACAUAUCACAUAAUGGACCUCCCUCAGACAAGCUCAGAUUCUCCCGAGAUGCAUCACAGGUUCCGACUGGAGUCGGACACCGGUGUUUUCAAGGUUGACUUCUUAUUAGAUCGAGAAGAAAACAAGGCUGUGUACUUCCGGGUAAUUGCAAGGGACAAUGGGCACCCCGUGAGAUCCUCCAUCUGUAUGGUAUUAAUAUAUUUAGAGGAUGAAAACGAUAACAGCCCCGUCAUUCGGGUCUGGACUUUGUCGAGCAACGAAAAUGAGAUUAAUAUCCCGCAAACUAUGACAAAAACGCAACAUCCAGCGAGCUCUCCCCUGGAACAAGAGAAAGAAGUGACCAUACGUUUGAGCGAGUGGAGUGAAGUUCAUUCCCUGGUGGCCGUUUUAGAAGUCUAUGACAUUGACGCAGGGGAAAAUGGUAAAGUAUCGUGCACUCUAUAUGGUUCGGAUUAUUUCAUGCUCGUCAAUAGGUCCUCUGUACUUUCAGAUCGAUCCGAAGUUGGCAUCUUUCACUCACCUUGGAAAUACACAGAAACCUCGACAAAUCCUAACGGUCGCUUUUACUCUAUUUUUUUACUUAAAUCCAUUGACAGAGAGACACAGCCACUCUUUACGGUGGAGAUCGUCUGCAUAGAUUCCGGAGCACCUGUUUCAAGAUCUUCUUCGCUAGUACUGUUUUUUGCGGUACAGGACGAAAAUGACAAUGCACCUGUGUUUGGUUUGCCAGUUGUGAUCAAACCAGCUCAAUGGUUAAAUAAGAAGGAAUCGUAUUCUAAGGCCCUCAGUUCAGUGGCAUUCGCUACUGAUAAAGAGCACCCACUCUCAUUCGAUGGGCCUAUCGAAGUGUCAGUACCGGAGACAAUGGACCUAAACCACACGUUCAUACGUUUUGUUGCUCAUGACGCUGAUGUCAACAGCUGUGGCGCAGUAAGUUUUAGACUGGUUGGAAGGCACAACCCCAAUGUUAUGGCGUCACAAGAAAGUUUCCUGAUAAUUGACCACCGAAACGGUGCAGUAUCUUUGGAUCGGUCGUUACGAGCAAUAACUCCAAACAAAUGGUUUAAUUUUGAAGUUAUCGCCGAGGACGAAGGAAAUCCCAAACUGUCAACCGUCUUGUUGUUGUCCAUUUAUAUCACGGUGGUGAAUCAACAUUCGCCGAGGUUGGAAUUGAAGCCGCUGGAACUUUUCCAUUUGAAUACCACGUACGGACAUGGACAUAUCGUCAAAAUAUUUGAAAACCUGCCACCGGGAGUACCAUUGUGCAAGUUGACAAUCACCGACCCCGAUCGAAGUGAAGCGGGACAAGUCGCUUACUGGCUAGAUCAAAGCUUACGUGUGGAUCAUAACGGUUCCUACUCGAAGGAGUCAAACACUUUUCUCCUAAACCAGCAGACAGGAGUUAUUACAUCCACGGGUAUGAUCGAUCGUGAGGUGGAUGGAGAACAUUUUGUGCUAAUUGUGAUCGCCCAUGAUCAUGGGAGACCACGUAAGACAAGGGUUCAUUCCAUUGAUGUGUACAUUGCUGACGUGAACGACAAUCAUCCAACAUUCGUUCUCCCUCCCAAACCCUGCUUCGAUGAACCUACAGAGGAAUUUGAGAAUGGCACCUCAGUCUCUAAAUGUACAACAGUGUGGUACAAUAGAAUGCAGUCCGUAAAGCUUGUUUGUGUCAUUUCCAUGGGGCAUUACACAAAAGAGUUGCAAAACUCAGCCAAUUUAUUCCAGUCAAUCGUUCAGUUUGAAGCGACUGACGAUGAUGUGGGAGAAAACGCGCUCGUCACUUAUCGCCUGGCUCCACCCUGCGACGCAGACCGACAUACACCUCAACUCGACAACACGCUCAACAUCGACAAGCACAGCGGUUGUCUAAAGGUGCAUCACACAAUGAUCCAACAGGCUGUUCGAGUAGAAUACUUAUUCCGGGUAAUUGCCGAAGACAGCGGAAGUAAGAUCAAGCUGCGAGAUGUAAUACACGUCGAAAUGCUUUUGGAUUCGACUAGUCAGCAUAUGUUACGAAUUUAUGUGGCGGUUAAUAAAACCAUAUCUGAAUGCACCCUAACAUCAGUGAGACAGCAAACCUAUCCCACAAACGUCGCAUCACACAGCCUGACGCCAGUCGUCCGAGUGUUGGUAACCCUGGCAUUGGUUACACUGGGGAUUAUCGUUGUCGUAGUCAUUGUUUCGUUUUCACGACAACUCAGACCCCUUUCUAGCCAUGUUGGACUUCAAGUAUCAAGGCAACCCUCAACAAUACAUUUAUAUCAGUGUCAUGCAGUUCACAACCAAAUUAAUGAACAGGACCUUGAAGUUAAUGCCAGUGAAAACCUUCUGAAACCGCCCUCAAGACAGGAAUACUGGCGACAAUGCGGGCGGCAAUAUCUGACAUUGCCAGAAGACGAGCUUAAAGGUCAGCUACAACCAAUUCCGCUAAACUGUGUUGCUUUAUCCAAAGUCGAUACUAUGCCCAGAAUUCAAUCAGAAAUGGUUUAA